AUGUCGCAGCAGGAUUCUGGGGCAGCUGAUGCCCCGCCACAGCAGCCUUCGCGACGAUCUGCGUCACCAUCAAACAGUUUCUAUGCGCUGAGCGAUGAUGAGGAGGGCGAGUACAACACUAUCAGAAAUGCCGAGACUGGAAGAGGUGUAAAGCUUCUCUUUUCCAAGAGCAAGGUUUAUGUUCACCCAACACCCUCUUCAAAGGACAACAUUCCAGGAUACAUCGCACUUCUCCAGCAACGAGGCCAUCACGAAGAACGUCCUACUUCAUCCGCUUCCAAUGAAUCAGCCACGAUCGCCUCCUCGGAUCUGCUUCUUGCCUGGAUCCCCGAAUCUGCCCUUGGAGAUUCCGCCAGCAUCUACGUCAAGGUUGACCUUUGCGAUGGAGACUCACCCCCGAAACAGUCUUACCUUGUUCCUCCCCCGCCGACCGUCACUAGCCAUGUUGGAUCUGUCGGUGGAUAUGCGUUUGCAAUUCCUGUGAGCGCCGUCUAUUCGCUCCUCGUUCGGCCUCCGAGCCUCGGCUGGUGGUAUGGAUCCGUCAUCAUCAACUCCCGUGCGGGCGAUAGCUUUCCCGCCCUUUUCUUCCAUGACAAUGAGUGCCAAAGCACGAUCCUUCAAAAGAAGAAGAUCGCGCGUGAUACCUUUGAUCCUUUUGGAGAAUCAGGACAGAUGUUCUGGGGUGGCGAUGAGGUUGUGAAGUGGCUACGUCGUUACGUCAAGAUUGAGCGAUCUGGUGCUGAACCCAACAUCUACUUAAUCGAGCCAUCAAAGGAGGAUAGCGAAGCAUUCGGCCACAAACUCACUUCCAGCCCAUCACAAAUUGGUCGUCAGGAUAGCAAUGUGGGAACGCAGCGCCGCGCCGGAGGACCGCCAAAUCGAGAUGCAGAGAUGGACCCUUUCGUCAAGUUGAUCAAGGAAACUGGAUGGAAUAUUAUGGAGAAAUUCAGCAAAGUAACCACCUUUACCCGGAGAGCGGCUCAAGAUAUUGUUGAGAACCCGAACUUACCUCCCCAAGUAAGACGGCUCUUGAGAAAUCCGGAAGUUCAGACGCUUCAAGACGAGUUCGACAGCGCCAGGAUCUAUCUCGCUCGCUGGGCUAUGGGCAUACAGGAACAGAGCGACCGUGAUCGGAGACAGAGGAUAUGGUCUGCUAAUGAUGUUAUGGAGCUUGAGGAUACCGAUGUUGGCGAAUUUGAGCUUCUCGAAGGAGCCAGCAACCUUUCACUUGAGGAACGCCGAAAGACUGUGACAAUGAAGGAGUGGAAUACCUUCUUCGACCCUCAAACUGGCCGAUUAUCGAUCACUAUCGAUGAGGUCAAGGAGCGUGUCUUUCACGGAGGUCUUGACCCUGAGGACGGUGUUCGAAAGGAAGCGUGGCUUUUCCUUCUUGGCGUCUAUGAAUGGUAUAGCACUGCUGAUGAGAGAAAGGCACAAAUCGCUUCACUACGUGACCAGUACUACAAGCUCAAGCUUUCGUGGUGGGAGAGGCUCGAAGGUGAUGGAGGUGAAGGCGACGCCGGAGAGUGGUGGCGCGAGCAAAAGGGACGAAUUGAAAAAGAUGUCCACCGAACGGACCGCAAUGUGCCCAUUUUCAUGGGCGAGGAUAUUCCCCAUCCUGACCCAAGCUCACCUUUUGCCGAAGUUGGCACCAACGUCCACCUUGAGCAGAUGAAGGAGAUGCUCCUGACUUACAACGAGUACAAUAAGGACCUAGGCUAUGUUCAGGGUAUGUCAGAUCUAUUGGCACCAAUCUACGCAGUGAUCCAAGACGAUGCCGUUGCAUUCUGGGGUUUCCAGAAGUUCAUGGAGCGUAUGGAACGCAACUUUCUGCGUGAUCAGUCUGGCAUGCGUAACCAGCUUCUGACUCUGGACCAAUUGGUUCAGUUCAUGGACCCAGCACUCUGGAACCAUCUACAAAAGGCAGACAGCACCAACUUUUUCUUCUUCUUCCGCAUGAUACUUGUUUGGUAUAAGCGGGAGUUUGCCUGGCUUGACGUUCUUCGAUUAUGGGAGGGGUUGUGGACUGAUUAUAUGAGCGCGAACUUCCACCUCUUUAUUGCACUGGCGAUUCUUGAGAGACAUCGCGAUGUCAUUAUGGAGCACUUGCAGCAUUUCGAUGAGGUGCUCAAAUAUGUCAAUGAACUCUCCAACACAAUCGAUCUUGAGGCGACUCUGAUCCGGGCAGAAACCCUGUUCAAGAGGUUCCAGCGACUUGUUGAUGCUGUCGACAAGAAACAGAACUUCCCAGCUCCUCGGUACAAUCAGAAGGAACCGUCAAAAUCUUCUGAGCAGACCGAAUCAGGGCCAUCCAAGGGUGGCAAGACAUCUGGCAAGGACAAAGCUGCUGAGCCAGCGGCGCCUCCGCCGCAGCCAAAGACGAUUACGCCUGAGUUGCGCAAACUAUUAAGCAAGGAGGUGGAAGUGCUCCCGAGGAAGACAGUUGCGCAAAAGGGCGAUGGUAUGCCAAACAAAUGA